AUGAGCACUGCAACUCAAAUUACACUGAAUGCCGAUCUCUACAAUCAGGUUUGGUCAUCAUCCGAUUUGAAUCCUGAUCGUUUAACAUCUGAACUCAGUAAAUUGUUCAGAUACAACGAUACACAGACUAAACUACAUAACUACACCGACACGUAUUUCAACUUAGAUAGAGAACAUCUAACUACAUCAUCGGCAUCCUCAUCAGGUCAAGGUAGCCUAACCGGAUCGGUUGGUAUAUUCAGUCUUGGUGCCAGUGGUGGUGGUUCAUCAAGCUCUGCCAAUUCAUUACUUGACAAUCUAAAACAGUCAACAAAAGACAUCUACUCCCUCACCGACAUAAAACGUCUCCUAACACAACAACAGUCAGAAUUUGAAUGGAAAGGGGAAAAAUUCAUAGCAAAGUCAUUUAACGUCUAUAAAUUAAUUGAUCUGUCCGAUUAUCUACAAGUGGCAAUGAUAUCAAAACAGCUAACUGCUGAUAAAACAAAUGGUGCUAUUGUACGGGAAAUCAGCGUUCUCAAUAAACCAAUUGUCUCUACAGAUGCAAACAAACCUUCAACAUUUCCAACGGGAACUGUACUAAUCUUCACCGGUGUCUCUCUGCCAGCAGUUCCAUGGCUUUUGUGUAAUGGUACAGCUAUUUCUCGAAUUGAAUAUCAACGUCUAUUCUCUGUUAUUGAUACAAGUUAUGGUGCAGGUGAUGGCUCAUCAACUUUCAAUUUACCAGAUUUUCGUGGACGUAUUCCUAUGGGUGUGGAUAAAUCAAGUAAGACCACACCCAAUGCUACAACGUUGGGACGAAUUGGUGGACAAGCCACGCAAAUUCUCACAGUUGAACAACUUCCGUCGCAUGUCCAUGAGAAUGGUACAUUCUAUGCAGAAACAGCUGGAGAUCAUUCACAUUCCUAUCAAGAUCCAAAACAUGAUCACGGUGGCCAGACAGGUGAAGGGCCUUCAAAUUCGGGAGGAUUUGGUAUGAAUCCGAAGGGCGGUUCAGGCAAUGAUGUUGAAAAACACCGUCACUCAAUUUCGCUAGCCUAUACAGGUAUAACAAUUAAUCCAGCUGGCAGUCAUACGCAUAAAGUCGCAGGUCAAAGUGGCAGUACUGGAAAUGGUCAAUCAUUCAGUUUACUCCAACCGUACCAAACUGUCAAUUAUAUUAUAUAUAGUGGCUAA